AUGAAUCCAUUCGUGCACAAGGUGUGGCAUCGAGUUGGCUUAGUAUCGGAGCUGCCCAACCUCGAUGAUGAUAAGAUCGCACCACGAUGCAAAGCCUUCAAAAUCCCCAUCGGCCAGUCACCGGUUGAGGCAGAACUGGACAUGCCAGGAGAUUUGAAGGACCAAGUGAUGGUUUUCAAAUACAAGGAUAAGGUCCAUGCAAUUGACCAUCAAUGCCCUCACUCCUCAUUUCCCCUGUCCCAGGGCCACCUCUUCGAUAUCGAGGACUUUGGCAUCGUCCUGAGCACCGGUAUCACAUGUCCCAAGCACAAUUGGUCGUUUGACAUCUUUUCUGGGCGUGCAGAUCGUGGCAACUACACUCUCAAGGUGUGGGAAGUUCAGCUACGUGACUGCGAAGAUACCGACAAAGAAGUGUGGGUAAGACGCAAGCAACGAAUCGGUUGA